UCUCGUGUUUUUUUUUCGGGGACCAAUGAGACUUAAGCAGGAAGUACACACAGGAACAUACGUUAUUAAACGCUACUAUGGAUAAUAUUAUCGACAAAUCAUUAGUUUAAACUCGGGGUCAAUCUUAUAUACCUGUCCAAUAUGGAGGUUUGUUUUCUUGUCUCACUACUGGGCUGUAGCUGUUUUUAAAUGCGGUGUUUUUCACCGGUUUAACAGAGUUGUUACACUCCGUUAUCGACACAUGGCUAAAGUUCAUCUCCACUGCUAACGACAUGGAGGUGAAGGAGGUCGGGAGGUGUUGCUGUGUGGUCAAGGUGUCAGAGGCUUUCUCAACCAAGAAACCCGUGAGCUGCAGCGGAGUGAUCGUCCAUCCUAAAACCGGAACAGUCAUAUGCACCGGCCUCCCGUUUUCCCGUUUUCUUACCGACAAAGAGCCCCUCUCCGCGGACCCCGGGUUCCUGUCACCCCGCAGCUUCACUGGAAAACUUCAAAUCCGCGUCAGCUUUUCCACGGAGCGAGAUUUUGACACCAGACAGGCAGCACAUGGAGAAUCACUCCCACCCUCCAGAAACAGAACAACAGGUAACCGAGAGGUUGCAGCUGAGUUGCUGAUGCUCGUGAACUGCCUGGACUUUAAACAGGCUUUCCAGGCAGUCUUCCAGGAGGCUGACCAGUGGCGUUUCCAAGGUGAUGAAGAGGAUGAGGAGCUGACCAGAGACGCCCAGUUCCUCAGCUGGUUUGCAGUCCUCAAGGCAACUGGGUUGGCAGACAGCAGCCCAGAUUUGGGGACUAUACCCUGGCAGAGCAGCUCAUCUCUCCACAAGGGCCUCCCGGUUGUUGCAUGUGGCUCACCUUUCGGCUCCCUCUGCUUAGAUCUCUUCAUCAGCACCCUCAGCAGAGGCAUCAUCAGUAACCUCGCAGGAGAGGACCAUGCUGUCAUCCUCACAGAUGCCCGGUGCUUACCAGGCACAGAGGGCGGAGGGUUGUUUGUGGUCAAGGGCACAGACAAUGUGCGUCUCAUUGGACUGAUUGUGUCUCCAUUUGGUUGGAAGGCAAACGAGUGGAUUGGCCUCACUCUUGUUUGCUCUGUCCGCUCGAUCUUCAGGAACAUCAUCCACUGCAUGAGCAUUCAAGAUCCACUCCGAGAUGUGUGGCUCCAUCCUGGAGAGGCGGGCCUCCAGAUGUCCACCACAGCCCACGAGUCAAGCGCUGUUAGAUACCCCACUGUGUGCCUUGUGGACAGUGGACAGCUCUGGGGCUCAGGGGUCGUUGUCACGUCCCGGCUGGUUGUGACCUGCCGGCAUGUUGUCAACAGGAAGUCUAAGGUCAACCUGAAGUUCCAUCACAGGGACAGAGUCCAUGAUCUUGUGGGGGAUGUGCUGUUUUCCACUAAAGCAUCUUCACCCUAUGAUUUGGCUUUGGUGCAGAUGAGAGACUCCGCCACAGAGGCUGUGGUCCCUCGAAUGACUCAGAGUUACAGCCCAGGUGAUUCUGUAGUGGUGGUGGGAUAUGGUGGGUUGGGUCGGAGCUGUGGUCCGUCUAUGACCUGUGGUAUCCUCUCCAAAGCCAUUAGCUUGAAUGACCAGACUGUCAUGCUUCAAACCACUUGUGCAGUACAAGCAGGGGCCAGUGGGGGUGCUGUGGUGCGGAGAUGCUCAGGAGAGCUGCUGGGUAUCGUGUCCAGCAACACAAGGGACUUGGCCGCCAAAGUGACCUACCCGCACCUCAACUUUUGCAUCCCAGUGUCUGUUUUCCAGAGAUUGUUGCAGCACUUUCACCAGACAAGGGAUGCUAAUGUGUUCAGGGUGUUGGACACCACAGAAGAAGAUAUCAGAAGGGUGUGGAGGCUAGAAGAUUCUCAAAGCAAACUAUAAUAGAGGAACCCUGCACCUUGGGAUAUGCUAGAGGAAAAGAAUGGAAGGUUAAAUCAAUAUAUAUUAUAUUCAAAAUAACAUUUGAUGAUCAAAUUUAUAUUCUGUAUAAUUCUUUUUAACAAAACUGAUAUUUUCAAAUGCAUAACUUUAUGUUUAAUACCUAAUUUUUCAUACCUCAGGCACAAAGGAGUAAAUGCAACUAAAACAAGACCUAUCAAUUCUUAAUGCUGAUACCCAGAAUAAUGCAGUAAACAAUGUGAAAUAUUUAAAAGAUGUUAACAGCCAAACUAAAGUGACUUUAAUGCCUGUUUUGAUUGUUUUAUUGUACUGUAAUGUAAUUAAAUUGAUAAAAAAUGGUUAAUUAUGGAGAUA